GAGCCGCCCUCCGGGAAAGGGCCCGAGAAAGAAUCGGCGGCACAAAAUGGCGGCGGCGGCGGCCGGGGCUUCGGUGUUGGCGGCUCCCGCCUUGGCGGCCGGCUCUUCCGGCUCCGGGGGAGCCGCCCCAGGGUCUCAGGGGGUGCUGAUCGGUGACAGGCUGUAUUCAGGCGUGCUCAUCACCUUGGAGAACUGCUUGCUGCCCGACGACAAGCUGCGCUUCACGCCGUCCAUGUCGAGCGGUCUCGACGUCGACACAGAGACUGGCCUCCGCGUGGUGGGCUGCGAGCUCAUCCAGGCAGCCGGCAUCCUGCUCCGCCUGCCGCAGGUGGCCAUGGCUACAGGGCAGGUGUUGUUCCAGCGGUUCUUUUACACCAAGUCCUUCGUGAAACAUUCCAUGGAGCAUGUGUCCAUGGCUUGUGUUCACCUGGCUUCCAAAAUAGAAGAAGCUCCAAGACGAAUCAGGGAUGUCAUCAAUGUAUUCCACCGACUUCGGCAUCUAAGAGAGAAAAAGAAACCUGUGCCUCUAGUGCUGGAUCAAGAGUAUGUUAAUUUAAAGAACCAGAUUAUAAAGGCAGAGAGACGAGUUCUCAAGGAGCUGGGCUUUUGUGUUCAUGUAAAGCACCCUCAUAAGAUAAUCGUUAUGUACCUUCAGGUGUUAGAGUGUGAGCGUAAUCAACACCUGGUCCAGACUGCAUGGGUAGCCUCAGAGGGUAAGUGACUAAGACUUCUCCUCUGCUGUCCAAGCGCUUUGGUGCAGGGACAGCGGCCGUCUUCAGCCAAUCCAGUGCAGGCUCUCCACCGAAGGCUGGCUCUAGACUGGUGGUAUGCGUACCUGAUAGUAUAGUCAUGGCCGACUGCUGCUUGUGGUUCUCUGACGAUUGUGCUUCUUGUUAAUCCUGUCCUGCUUGGUAAUUGUAUCAAUUAGAGUUGAUAACUGUCUUGACUUAAAUUUUGUUCUUUUAAAACUGCUGUACCUGUGCAAUAAAGAUGCAAUACCUUUCUUGUUAAAAAAAAAAUGUAUAGAAAGUUGUCAGAACUGAAGUGACAAAUUGGCACGGUAGAAAUUCAGGCUGUUACUGGAUCUUGUCAUUAUUUCUCCCAAGUCCUACAGUUGCUCUUUUCAGCAGCUUAAGUGGGACUCAUGCCAGUAAAGGUGUGCAUCUUUAAGUUAAACUAUUGUAUUUUGUUUCAAAUGUAGCAUUAAGUUUAUAUACAUCUUUAAAGGAUUUCACUUGUUUUUAGAACUUAAAAUUAAUGGGUUAAUAUAUUUGAAUACUAAAAAUCCCUUAUUAGUAAUUAAGUUAUUGGUGGUUAUAUCUGUGAAUGUUUAUGAUGUUUAGCCACAGAAUGGCUCCUGAGAGAUGGAUAGUGCAGCUACUAUUCUGGCUUCCCUUCUGAUGUGUAGAGUUAAUGCUUCCAGUGCCAACUGCCUCUUAUAGUCAUCUAUAGAAUUUGCUGUUUAGAACAUUAGAGUGUGUUUCAAUGUUGCCUUUAAAGUUUUAGGGCAAAGAUACUGGGUGGGGGCAAUUAAAUCUCAUGAAGUUCACACUGAUAGGGUGUGCUGUACCAUUAUUGGAUAUGUUGGGCAGUAUAUAAUAUAACCUCUUCAUAUGUUUUCUCAAGAAUUGUUUUUGCAAUGUUGAUAAAGCUAGUAUACCAAUUGGUUUUAGUCUAUAAAUUUUAAAGAAAUAUAUAAAGAAAAUGUUAAAGAUGUAGCAAAUUUUAAAGACGUUUAACUUUUCUAAAAAUGUCAAGUUUUGUACUUAACGUAUAUCUUCUAAAGUAUUAUAGCAUUUUAAAGUGUACUUAGUUUGUUGCCACUUUUAGUGUUUCGUUACUUUUGUCUGAUUUUUAUGAAUGUUCAUUUUAAGACUCCUUGUUGAAAUGGGACAGUUUGGAAACGUUCUUUGAUAAACUCGAGAAGAGGAUUCCCUUGGGUGUUGACCUCCUCUGCAUGAUGUGUCCAUGCAUCUGAACUGCACCCAAGGGCCUUUCCCUUUUCCAAGUGGACUUCCUCACUGGAGCUGCGGCUCAGUCAUCUGGAGAAAGACCGAAAGACCGGGCCCAAUUGCUGCCUGAAGAAAAGGACACAGGACAGCUUGUCUUACAGUCUCGAGUCUUCAUGCUCAGCCUGCUCAUUUGAGUUUGCAUGUUUCUCUGCACUAUGGAUUUUGAACAUUUAGAUUUCUUUAAUCAACUACAUUUUAACUACUAAGUAGCAUUUUCUUUCUAAGCAUUGUGCUUUGCAUGAUAGCAGGCCAGAUAUAGAAGGAAAAGUAAAGUUAAAGUCGGUUCUCGUUCAUAGCAA